CCCUAUGAGUACGAAGGUAGUUAGACUUAGAUUUAGCCUGCACCGCAUAUCAAGUCUCAUUUACUCUCCAAACUUUUUUUCUUCAACAACAACAAUCAUCCCCACCACAUCACCAUCUGCAAUACAAUAUGUUUUAUGGCGCUUACCACUUCUUCUAUUGGAGUGACCGUUGUUGCAGCUCUGCAUCCUGCGACAGUGAUUGGACAUAUUCCCACUGCAGAUUCCCUGAUUCAGUCUCGUGCGACUCAUCCAGCCCUUGAAACACGGAGACUCCUGUUUGAUGGAUGUUCCCUCUCACUUCCCUCACUAUCUCCGCAACCCUUGCACAAUCCAGCUUGGAUCACCAAUAAUGGAUCAGUAUCAAUUGACAAGUAUCGAACUUUGCUCUUUUCCUUCCGCCGUUAGGUUGUCUUCUAUCUUUCUUCAGUUCGUCCGAUGCUUGAGAGUAGAUCUCACACCCAAAUUUUUCUUUCCAUUCAUGCAACAUCUAUAGACUAGAAUAUACCCAUUUCUUUUAUCCGAGUCUGCGACUCAU